AUGACCAGCUUGAAGAGAUCUCACGAGGGGGAUCCCCUAGCCUCCAACAUCUCAACCAAAGUCUAUGUCCGCUCAACACGCAGCGGCAAGGUCCAAAAAAUCGUGAAGGAAGUCUAUCUCAGAACCGACAUUCCGUGCUCCUCUAUGCUAUGUCGAGUUUGCCCAGAGAGAGCUCCCAGAAAUGCGUGUCAACAGGCUCAGCCAUUUGUCCUGUCGGAGAAGCCUGCGGGCACCAAGGCCUUCCCCCAAGGGCAUUACCUAGUGCCGGACACAAACGCGCUUCUCAAUGCCAUGGAUCUCUUUGAGCAAAGUUCAGCGUUCUACGAUGUUAUCAUCUUGCAAACGGUCUUGGAGGAGCUGAGAAACGGGUCCUUGCCCUUGUAUAAUCGUUUGAUUGGGCUUACCAAAAGCGACGACAAGCGAUUUUAUGUGUUUUUCAACGAUUUCCGGCUGGAGACGUACGUCAAACGGGAGCUGAACGAGAGCAUCAACGACAGGAAUGACCGUGCGGUCCGUCUGGCCGUCAAAUGGUAUGGCGAGCACUUGUCCCAGGCCAAGGCCGGCAGGGCUCCUGCUGUCGUCAUGCUGAGCGACGACCAAGAGAGCCUCAAGAAGGCACGCAGUGAAGGUCUCAACGCAUCUUCAUUACGGGAUUACGUGGGCAGUCUUGAAGAUGGAGACAGGCUUCUCGACAUGGUGGCUGAAUAUCAGAGCCAAGGCGGCUUCAAGAAGCAGUCCCAAAUGCUCUACCCCGAGUAUCUCAGCCUAUCAAAGAUGACAACGGGUGUCAAAGCCGGCUUGAUGCAUCAGGGCAUUUUCAACGUCUCGCCGUACAACUACCUCGAGGGCUCCAUCAAAGUUCCGUUCUUCUCUAAGCCCCUUCUUAUUCUAGGACGUGAGAGUAUCAACCGUGCCGUUGACGGAGAUGUCGUCGUCGUAGAGCUGCUUCCCCAGGACAAGUGGAAGGCACCGUCUACCAAGAUCAUCGAGGAGGACAACAUCACCAAGAAUGAGAAUGCUGAUACCGAAGAUCGAAAUGACUUUGUGUCGGACAAGGAACGAAGAGCACUGCAGGAGGAAGCAAGUCGAAUACACAAGUCCUCGUCGGAAAGCCAACUGCAGCCUACAGCCAAGGUGGUUGGUGUCAUCAGGCGAAACUGGCGUCAAUAUGUCGGACACAUCGACCCGUCUUCGGCCAGUAAGUCCGCGUCGUCUCAGGGCCGCAAACAGGACAGUGUCUUCCUCAUCCCCAUGGAUAAGAAGAUCCCCAAGAUUCGCCUGCGAACUCGACAGGUAUCUGAACUUCUGGGCAAGCGACUCCUGGUGACCAUCGACGCAUGGGAGCGAGACUCCAGGCAUCCGGUUGGUCAUUUUGUGCGCUCGCUUGGUGAAAUCGAAACCAAGGCCGCCGAAACAGAGGCUCUUCUUCUCGAAUGGGAUGUUCAAUACCGCCCCUUCCCCAAGACCGUCCUGGAUUGCCUCCCCAGAGAAGGCCAUGACUGGAAAGUACCGGCGUCCAUGGAUGACCCCGGCUGGAAAGAUAGACAGGACCUCCGAGGACUUCUCAUCUGCAGUAUCGACCCUGUAGGCUGCCAGGAUAUCGACGACGCCCUGCACGCCCGCAAGCUGCCCAACGGGAACUUUGAAGUUGGCGUCCACAUCGCCGACGUGUCACACUUUGUCAAGCCCGCCAACGCCAUGGACACAGAAGCCAGCAUCCGCGGCACAACCGUCUACCUCGUCGACAAGCGCAUCGACAUGCUUCCGCCCCUGCUCGGCACGGAUCUCUGCUCGCUGAAGCCCUACGUCGAGCGGUACGCCUUUUCCGUCCUCUGGGAGCUCGACGAAAACGCCGACAUGGUCAACGUCCGCUUCACCAAGUCCGUCAUCAAGUCCCGCGAAGCAUUCAGCUACGAACAAGCCCAGCGCCGCAUCGACGACGCCUCCCAGCAAGACGACCUCACAAACGGGAUGCGCACGCUCCUCGCGCUCUCCAAGAAGCUCAAGGCGAAGCGGAUCGAGGCCGGCGCCCUGAGUCUCUCCUCGCCCGAGGUCAAGGUCCAGACGGAGUCGGAAACCUCUGACCCCGUCGACGUCCAGGCCAAGGAGCUCCUCGACACCAACUCCCUCGUCGAGGAGUUCAUGCUCUUCGCCAACAUCAGCGUCGCCGCCAAAAUAUACGACGCGUUCCCGCAGACCGCCAUCCUUCGCCGCCACGCGGCGCCCCCCAAGACCAACUUCGACGAGCUCGCCAACCAGCUGCGUGUCAAGCGAGGCCUCGAGCUCCGCACAGACACGUCCAGAGCCCUCGCCGACUCGCUCGACGCCUGUGUCGACAAGUCGGACCCCUUCUUCAACACCCUGGUCCGCAUCAUGGCCACCCGCUGCCUCAUGUCGGCCGAGUACUUCUGCUCCGGGACCCAGGCGUACCCCGAGUUCCGGCACUACGGGCUCGCGUCGCACAUCUACACGCACUUCACGUCCCCGAUCCGCCGCUACGCAGACCUCCUCGCCCACAGACAGCUCGCCGCCGCCAUCGGCUACGAAGCCGUGCACCCGUCCGUCCGCAGCAGGGGCCGCCUCGAGGCCGUCUGCAAGAACAUCAAUGUCCGUCACAGAAACGCCCAGAUGGCCGGCCGCGCAAGCACGGCAUACUACGUCGCGCAGGCGCUCAAGGGCAACGUCGCCGAGGAGGACGCCUUUGUCAUGAAGAUCUUCAGCAACGGCUUCGUGGUGCUCGUCCCAAGGUUCGGAAUCGAGGGCCUGAUCCGACUGCGCGAUCUGGCGGAUCCCGAGCCCGAGAGCGAGUUUGAUGCCGAGACGUACACGCUCGUCACGAGGGGCACCAGGGACUUGAAGGUCGAGCUGUUCCAGAAGGUCAAGGUAAAGGUCACGGAUGAGAAGGAUGAGAGGACGGGCAAGAGGGGCGUCAAGAUGGAAUUGGUCAAUGCGUAG